GUUUUAGCGUUAGAAAGUAAUAUGAGGAUGGCAUUGCGCGCACUUGGACGCCGCCAUGACUGCAUGCGUUCGGCGCGGCGGUGGCUGAGCGCGGAGCGUAAGGUGCGGCCUGCGCUUCGACUGGAGUCGGGUGCCUGCGGACUGCCACACCCGCAGAAGCGUGCUACGGGCGGAGAAGACGCCUGGUUUAUCAGCGGCAACACAGUGGGUGUCGCGGACGGCGUCGGUGGCUGGGCGCGCAAGGUAAUUGACUAUGCAUAUAUUUUUUGUAUGUAUGUUGUAUUAAGCUGGUUAUGUGAUCAGGGCAUCGACUCGGGCGAGUACUCGCGUACGCUGAUGAACUCGGCCAAGCGGACGGUGACUGCCUCGGAUAAGACACCCACCCCGCUGCAAGUGCUAACGGUAGCACAUCGCAGCGCGCAGUGUCCGGGCAGCUCGACGGCGUGCAUCGUGCAGCUGAAAGAUUUGUCGUUGCAGGCGAUCAAUUUAGGCGACUCGGGUUUCCUACUGUGUCGGUUGCAGCCAGACAAGGCAGAGGGAGGUGCGCUGAGGUGGCAGGUCGUGCAUGAGACGCCUAACCAGUGCCACUACUUCAACUGCCCGUAUCAGCUCGGCUUCGGUGCAAACGGAGACAAGCCUGAGAUGGGCGAAGUGUACGACCUCGAGACACAAGAAGGCGACGUGAUCGUGUUGGGCACCGACGGACUGUAUGUUCUUCUUGUACAUGUAAUGCUUUGGCUGGAUGGAAUGAUGGUUGCUUAUCUGUUCGACUGUCGUUUCUACCUUACAGCUUUGAUAAUUUGUUUCCGAAGCAGAUUGCAAGUCUUCUCGACACGGUAUUGCCGUCCACGCCGGAACUUGACCACCACAGCAUGGAGAAGGUGGCUUCAUGCAUUGCCCACACAGCGCAUAAAGCUGCGAAAGGAACGAAAUCCAAGACCCCUUUCGCAGUGGCGGCACAACAAGCAGGAUACGAAUAUCUCGGUGGAAAGAUGGACGAUAUCACUGUCGUUACCAGUCUGGUGACUUCCGAUGGAACUUGAAGGGUCUUAGCGAGACUGGUGUUAUUGCAUAGCGCGAAACAAUACGCUAAUUUCCGUCAUCGACUCCGUGAACGCAUGAUUGCGAGGAUGGAUGCUUAGCGCAACAACCUUAAUCAGUAGGAACAAGUUGUUCCACAAAGAAACUGUUGAUAACACUGGUGCUUGGGAUUCGGACUAUGGAAGGGCUUUCGCUAGGACCCUAGGGAAUCAGUUUCGCAGAAUAAAAAGUGCCGACUGAGGGACAAUUAUGAAUCUACCGUCGCGUUAAAUAUCUGGCCAUUCUUUUUCUACAUAACACGGGUACAAUAUUGCGAAGCAAUAUACUUCAAUACAAGUACUACAGCAGUACCAUUGCAGUGGAUCCAACAGUCCUGGUAUCUACUAGUAGGUCGGGACAGGGUCUGAUGAUCCCAAAUAAUAUUAUUAUUCGCAGUUCGAAGAACUGUUGUUA